AAAAUGUUGAAAGCAUUUCCUUCAUAUAUAAAGUUACAUGAGAAAACUAAUGUGGGAGAAUAGGGAACACAAGGAAAAUGGCCCCAUUGAAGUCUUUAGAGCAAGAUCACCCUCAUAUCGAUUCCUCUUUCCAAUCAUUUUGUGCUUCACUUGGUAUUCUCUCAGUUGAAGAUUUCCUACUCAACGAUCACUAUGAAUUCGCAGCAAUAGCAGAACGACAACCCAAUUCAGAGAGAAUAAAGCAGGGCAUUAGAGAGAUUUUUUCUAUUAUUGAUGGCCAACGUCAGCCAUUGCUGAAUGGUAUGGAGCUUUUGGAUGAUGCUCUUCGUAAUAAACUUGUAUUAUCAACUGGGUGUGAUGGGAUUGACUUAUUGCUUGAAGGUGGAUUACGCGAAGGACAAUUAACUGAACUUGUUGGUCCAUCGUCUUCUGGCAAAACCCAAGUUUGUCUACAAGCUGCCUCAAAUGUAGCGAAAAAGCAGAUGGGACAUCGUGUUAUAUACAUAGAUACAAGCAAUUCUUUCUCACCUCAACGAAUUGCAUGUUUUGUUGAUUUGGCUGAAGGUCGUCGUCUUCAGAAUGUUAUGAACAAUAUCUUCUGUCAGUCAGUGUUUGAUAUCUUCACAAUGUUUAGAGUUUUACAUCAGCUUGAAUCCAAUAUGAGAUCUCAGAGAGGACCCCAAAUGGUGCGGUUGAUUAUUGUGGAUUCAAUCUCUUCACUUAUUACCCCAAUUCUUGGAGGCAGCGGUUCACAUGGGCAUGCAUUGAUGGUAUCCGCUGGAUAUCUUCUAAAGAAGUUGGCACAUGAGCACAAUCUUGCAGUAUUGGUGACCAAUCACACUGUAGGUGGGGAGGGAGGUGUUCCUAAACCAGCUCUUGGGGAGACUUGGAAGAGUAUCCCACAUGUGAGGCUUCUUCUUUCCCGUGAUCGGGAAAACAACGCCACUACUGUCUCCAUAGUAAAACACUCGUCCGUGGUAUGUCUUUGUCUUUCCACCCUAUCCGAGAUGCCUAAACUCAGACUAAUUGAUUCCUCUUAUCUGUAUAUCCACCCUGAACAAGGGGCAUUCCUUUUGCUAUAUCAUUAAGGUAGCUUCACAAAAUAUUCAAACUAUUUUUUUCAGGCUUCUGGAACAACUGCAAGUUUUGUAAUUUCUGGCAGAUAACAAGGCUGAAUUGAUUUUUACCUGAGCAAAGAAUUUUCUUCUUCUUUUUUUAUCUGAAGGUUAUAGAGGUAGGCAUCUUUCCUAUAUUCUAGCUUAACUGAAAAUAUCUUUUCGUUAAGAAUGUACUACUAUUUUUAUAUGUUUUGGAUUCUAAUUUUAUGGUUUUCUUGUACAUAAUUCUAGUUGAAAAUAAUUACCAGCCAUGGCACUGUCAACACUUUGAGGCCCAAUAUGAAAAAACAGAUGAAUCUGUUAGGAAAACAUCAAUCCAUUUUUUUUUUUGGUACAAUCAUAUGGUAGUAUUUUUAUUUAGAAGAAACCAAUCAAUAUGGUAAGAUCACAUUAUAUUUAAAU